AAUUACUGUUCCAUUGUCUGAUAUUAAAUUAAAAUGUGUAAAACUGCCUUUAUGUGACAAAGAACAUGUGGUAUUGCCUUUACUGCACCAACAAGAAAUAUGUUUAUGAUUAUUAAUAAUGGUAAAAAAUUUCGCUGUCGUCACUUUUCCAAGCGAUGGGAAUAAUGAAGAAGAGAUCGUAUCAGAAGUUCCAUCUUUAUGGCUUUCUUCCAAUUUAACAGAAUGCUGGUGGCCAUCAGUAAAAAAUAUCAAUACCUUUAUUGUGAAACAAACACCACCUGUUAAUAAUGAUCCUAAAUGGACACUUCAUCCUAUCAAAUUUCAUGGACAUUAUGAUUCAUUAGAUGAGGCUAGACAGAGAGCAACGAAUUAUUCUUCAAGUGAUGAAAGUAAUACAAAUCAAAUAAAGAAGUCAUGCAUAAAACGGUCACUAAAUACUGUUUAUAACAAUGAAUCUGAAUCUGAUUCUGAUGACCCACGUUCAAUUAUACCAAAUCCACCAAAUCUUAAAGAUACAAAUGUUUCACAAUCAGAAAAAAAUAUUCAAUCAAUCUCAAAUAUUUUGAAUUCAACAAUUAUUAAUAAUAUUGAUAUGGAAAUUCUUGAUGGAACUAUAGUACCUCACAAAAGCAUACAGGAUGUAUAUACGUUAGUGUCAGGAAUGUCAGAUAAAAUGGAAGCUUUUGAAUUUAUUUUUUGUCUUAUAAUCUUAUUAAUAUCUCUUCAUGGCAUUGUUUAUUCAAUAUUAUUAAUUUUUUAG